AGCUGUUCUGUUGAGAGAGAGUGAGAAUGAGAGAAAGAGAUCUGUCUUGUUAACUGCUAUUUCUAUUCAGUAAAAAGGCUGAGUGUAGCAGAAAAGAACAGUAAGCCUUAGUGCAACAGGCGGUGGAGUUUGUAGCAGAUUUGCGUUGACAAAAAAAUAGGCCCAUUGUGUAAAUAAUAAGUUGUGACGCUGCUGGGAAGUUUUUAUGGUAUGCAACACGAUGCAAAAUCUUCCCGUUUAGCCUCUGUUCAAGUUGUAAAGUUUGGCUGGAAUGUGCAUUUCAGAUCAUUGUUAGAAAGAGCAGUGUGUGAUCUGGUGAAAAACUGCCUCUCUCUGUGGUGUUUUAAUGUAAUAGACUGAAUGAAAGAUGUUUCCUGGGAGUAAUCAUAUAGAAACGAACUGAUAUCUUCUGGGAAUAUAAUAAGUACUAAUGUGAUUUGCCCAACAUGGAAGCAAAUCAGACUUCAGACCAUAAUGAGCUCUCCAGUCUAGAGGGGGCAACCGAACCUGAACCAGGCCCAACUCUCUACACAAAAUUUUCUAUGAAAGCCCUUUUUGGAUUUACGGCUAAACUGCAACCAGGGACUUCAAAAGAACAAGCUGUUCUUAAAGGAUUUCGAAAUGUCAAUGAUAUCAGUAGCCAUGCUGACAACCAGGAAGUGAGGAACAGAAUCAAUGGAGAUGAUUAUCUGGAUGGAGAUCAUCAACUUUCAGAAAUACCACAGGCUGAAAGCCCAAACAAUGCUUAUGAAAUUUCAGAAUCCAGUACUUGCAACAUGUUUGCCCUCGAGGCUGAUGCCACUGCCCCAGUUGACUCAGGAGUGGGUGCCUGGGUGCCAACUGACUUUGAUGCUGAUGCUGCCCUGGGUAACUUUGAAGUUGAUAUUAGCAACCAUGUUGAUUAUGAAGUCUACGGCAGCACACCUGCUGACUUUGUAGACACUACCAUUGUCCCAGAUGACUAUGAGCCUGACACUUACGGCCCAGAUGACUUGGAACUGCAGGAGCAGAAUGAUCCCUAUCUUUCCCAUUCAGAUUCUCAACACUCUCUUUUGUCUGAAUUUGACAAACAAAAUGACAAGGAUGCCAUUCUUAUUCAGGGUACUUUGGUUCAUGCAACAAGUGACACAGAAUCAGACAAUGAGCCUACAGAUCUUAACAGUGACGAAAAUAUAGCAAACAGAUCUGUUUUAAAUAGUACUGUGUCUUUGGAGGAUAAUGACCAAAAUAAAGAAGAGCCAGAAACAGAAGGAUAUAGAGAAAUAGAUGGUACUAUAAAUGGAGGUGAAACAGAGCAGAUUCUACCAAGUUCUCAGCUUCAUUCAACAGUAAUGGAUGAUACAAUACAUGAAAUUUGUUCAGAAACUGAAACUGCAGCACUGACCAAUGAGAACCAUACAGGCCUGUCUCUCACAGGAGAAGAUACUCAGGGGUUUGCAGAUGAGCAAGGACCUCUUGCAAGCAAUUCCAGCACGGCACCCAUCCAAAAACCAUCUUUGAAUGAGAAGACCUUUCAGCUUCCUGCUUUUUUCAGUGGGUUACGUGUACGGAAGAAAGGUUUCUCUUCAGAUCAGGAGGAAACUGUCACUGAAAUCAAACAGAAAGACAGCGACUUGGCUAUGCUUAAAUUAAAACAGCCUGUUAAAAAGUCCAGUAUUGCACCUGAUCAGUUAACUAAGAGGAAACCAGCAGAGCCCAAAGCGGCCCCUACCUUUCUAGAACAACUCUCUCAUCUCUUAGGGCCUAAAAAUGAAGAAAAAGAUUCUGGUGAGGUGUCCACUGAUUCUGGCAUCGGCGAGAAUGGCCAAGAAAGCAAAUCUUCUGUGAGAAAAGCAUCCUCCACCUCUGAAGAGGCAAAACCAAGUCCCGCUGAAUCUGCAUUGGAUGCAUUUAAAGCUUUAUUUACACGCCCUCCCAAAAAAGAGACAACUGCUGAUACUUCAGAGCUAGAAGCGAUAAAACGCAAAAUGAGACAUGAAAAAGAAUCACUGAAGGCAGUAUUUGAAAGGUCUAAAGGUGAUGGAGCAACUGACACAAAACCAACUGAUGCAGUACUUUCCGAUCAGGAUGACAAGACUCCCGGUAGACUGCAGACUGUCUGGCCACCACCCAAAGCAAAGGAUGAAGAAGAGAAAGUAGGAUUAAAAUAUACAGAAGCAGAGUACCAUGCUGCUAUUUUGCACUUAAAGAAGGAGCACAAAAAUGAAGUUGAAAAACUGAAGUCCGAGUUUGAACUCAGGGUCUUUCAUAUUCGAGGAGAGCACGCGUCAUCCAUAGCAAAGCUCGAGGAAGUCAUUGCAAAUUUGGAAAAUGAACUGGAAAAUACAUUAUACAGGAGAAGCGAGGAAGCAAAGGAUGCCUGUGUAUCGACUGAAGAUGAUCACCCACCAAAGACAUACAGAACUGUAUGUAUACAAACCGACAGAGAAACUUUUAUAAAGCCAAGUGAAGAUGAAAGCCGGACAGUCAAAAAUAACCAAACAAUACCUAAAAAGCUGACUAUACCUUGUUUGAAUAAUAGUGUUUCACUCACAUCGGACAAUAAUGGCCAUGCCUCAGGGAGUGCUGUAUCUCAGAUGUUUCCACCACCACCACCACCGCCACCACCUCUUCCUGGUUCAAUCCCUCCACCCCCAACAUUAUCACCAGGCAUGGGAUCUCCCCAUCCUCCUCCUCCUCCACCUCCACUUCCUGCAGCUUUUGCAGGUCAGUUACCACCGCCUCCUCCCCCUCCCCCACCAGGAUUUUCUCCAUCAGGAGCAGGUCCUCCUCCUCCUCCACCUCCACCACCACCUCCUGGAUCCAGUUUCCUUUUCAGCAGCACAUUGUCAUCAAGCCAAGGUCCUCGAAAGCCUGCCAUCGAACCUGCCUGCCCUAUGAAGCCACUUUAUUGGACCAGAAUACAAAUACAAGACAGCAGUCAAAACACGGCACCAACUCUGUGGGAUUCUUUGGAAGAGCCUGACAUAUGUGAUGCCAGUGAAUUUGAAUACUUAUUCUCCAAAGAAACAGCUCAGGAAAAGAAAAAGCCAUUAGCAGAGUCUUAUGAAAAGAAAACAAAAGCCAAAAAGAUUAUCAAACUGUUGGAUGGAAAGAGAUCUCAGACUGUAGGAAUUUUGAUUUCCAGUUUACAUUUGGAGAUGAAGGACAUACAACAAGCUAUACUAAAUGUGGAUCAUUCCAUCGUCGACUUAGAAACGCUGGAAGCACUGUAUGAGAACAGAGCGCAGAAGGAUGAACUGGAGAAAAUAAAGCAGCAUUAUGACACUUCAAAAGAAGAAGAAGUGAAGCUUCUUGAUAAACCAGAACAGUUUCUAUACGAGUUAUCCCAGAUCUCCAAUUUCGCAGAACGUGCUCGAUGUAUAAUCUUUCAGUCUGUCUUCAAUGAAGGAAUAACUGCAGUCCGUCGUAAAGCUGAUAUUAUUAACCGUGUUUCUAAGGAUUUGCUGGAUAUACAAAGUGUGAAAGACAUUUUAGGAUUGAUCCUGGCUUUUGGAAAUUACAUGAAUGGAGGGAACAGGACGCGUGGUCAAGCAGAUGGGUUUGGUUUGGAAAUACUUCCCAAACUAAAGGAUGUUAAAAGUAGAAAUACUAAUAUCAGCCUUGUGGACUAUGUUGUGAUAUAUUACCUACGCCAUUGUGACAAGGAUGCGGGAACAGAAAGUAGUGUGUUUCCUCUACCAGAACCGCAGGAUUUCUUCCAAGCAUCGCAAGUUAAGUUUGAAGACCUAAUAAAAGACUUGAGAAAACUGAAGAGAGAUCUAGAAGUUUGUGAAAAACAGAUGAAAGUGGUUUUCAGAGACUCACCGGAAGAACAUCUCCAGCCCUUUAAGGAUAAAAUGGAAGCUUUUUUCCUGGAAGCUGUAGAAGAACAUAAGACAGUGGAGAGCCAUUUGGAGAAUGUGCAGAAGAGCUUUGAAGAAUUGGUGGGAUACUUCGGGAUAAAACCAAAGUCUGGCGAGAAGGAGACCACGCCAAACUACGUUUUCACGGUGUGGUAUGAGUUCUGCAGCGACUUUAAGGCCAUUUGGAAACGAGAGAGCAAAAACAUUUCCAAAGAAAGGCUCAAAGUGGCUCAACAAACAGUGAACAAGUUAACUGCAGAAAAGAAAGUGGAAACAAAGAAAAUCAACCCUACUGCCAGCCUGAAAGAAAGGCUACGUCAGAAGGAAGCCAGUGCAACCACCAACUGAAAGAAGACACAUGAACAUAAUCGCAGUGUGACUUAAUACCUUGCAUGACGCUUCCCUCUGCCCAUUCCCUAGAGAGCACCUUAUUUUAGAUGUUAGGAAGUUCUGCUUUGCUGUUCUCUUCCUCAGACAAUCCUCAAAAGACUUCUGGAUCCCUUGGCUUGUGCAGAAGAGGGAACAAUAAGAAGUUUGUUUACAUGGGAAUUAUGAAGAGUUCUAUGUAACUCUUCCUUAUGUGGCUUAAAUGCAGUUCUUUUCUUAAAAGUUGUUUGAAGUACUCUAUGCAAAAUGCACUAAUGUAAAAGACAGCAAAAGCAGGGUUUUAGACAGUGAAUUAAAUAGCUUUUAUGCCAGCUCUGCAGGAUGGCUCAUGUGCUGGUAGACCGUAAUAUUUACUAAGUCAAUGUUUAAAAUGAUUUUGAUGGUAUCCAAAGGAUUAACUUUACCUUCUUGCAAAUGGUGGAAGUUAAGUGUAUCAGAUGUAUUCUGUAUUUUACUACGAUUAUUUUUAUAGGAACCCCAAUCAAUGCCAUAGAAGUAGAAAUACUGUUUUUGCACAUGUGGAGAAAGAAAUCUCAUAUAUAUAUAUAUAUAUAUAUAUAUAUAUAUAUAUAUAUAUAUACAUACUUGAAUAAGGCAUAGAUAAUGUAACUGCUGCAUUCAUUAACGUUUGGUGUUUUGUUCAUACUAUAUUCUUCAUUUGUCUGAUGGCAAAAUGAAUACUUUCUGUAUCAACAUGAGGUCAGAUUAGCAAUAUUCAAUAAUGCUUUAUUUAUAGUUGGUCUUCUAGCUGUAGAACAUGCAUUUCCAUUAUUUAUCAUUAAUCUAUACCAAAGCCUAUAUUCUUUUAUAGUCAGCAUUUUGGUGAAACUGAUUUUAGAACAUGUUUACAUUUUCCCGUACAUACGUGCAUGUGUGUGAGAGAAAGAUCAUUUACAGACAUAUGUGUGCUCUUGAACAUACAUUAUUCAUACACUCUGCUCCAUAGACUUUGAAUAGAAAUACCUCAUUGCUCUCCCAUUGAGGUACUGUAAGUGACUCAUGUGAAGUGCCAUUUAGAAUCUCUGUCAGGUAUGUCAGGAUCUCUCCCCUCUAGGCUGUAGUUGAGAGAACUUACAGAAUCACACCCUUAAAAUUAAAGAGCAGUCCUUGCAACGGAAAAAUUAUGUAAAAUAAAAUGUUGUAUAUCAUAAA